AACUCCGCACCGAGAACAAUCCUGCUCGGGACAGGGGAGCAGAGGGAUAGUGACAGCGAGCCCCAAAGCCACCACGUUUUGUCCCUUUUUCACCUCUGGCCACCCAAAAGCCACCCGAAUAACCCCAACCACGGGGGAAAACAGGGGCAGACGGUGCCAGGGUCGGGUUUGGAGCUGCAGAUCCCACCGGAGCCGGAGAAAGCCGAGGCUGUGAUGCCGGGAAGGGAGAUUUUCCAUCCCCAGCCGCCCGGCUCUGCCCGUACCGGCAGCUCGGGUGCGGUGUCCAAAGGUCACCAGCGGCACACAGAGCCACCAGCCCCAGCAGCAUUCCCAAAACUGGGAAUUCCUUACAACAAAGGAUGAAGGAUCUCACCAGCUUUGGGAGCACGGCAAAGGCAGGGGGCAAAGCCCGCUAGUAGGACAUGACCCUUAAACUCUGUCUCUAAAGCUUAGCCUAUAGGUAUAUAAGAUCCAUAGAGCUUAAACCCGGGGUUGGCGUUUAGUCUAAGCUGGGGUUUGGCUUCGUGUUGAUCCAUCCUGUUCAGUCCUGUGCUUGUUUUAACUCAUUGACCUGGUUUUCUUCUCGCCGCCGGCGCGAGGCAGGGCUUUGCCAAAACCCCACCUCGGGCUUGUUAAAGAGCUUUGGGGGCUCUGCUUGGAGGAGGGGAGCAGCCAGCACCCCCCAAAACCUCUUCUCCAGCCCCUUCCCAAGCGCUGGAAGGGGUUGGGGGGCACCAAGCUGGUAUAUCGCGGUGGGGGGUGCUCCGAUGAGUCCCCGCUUGGAAGUGGCGCCGGCCUGGCCGUCACCGCCGCCUCGGGGCCUCGCAGGUGUUUUCCAGUCCACCAAGAAGCUGUUCCUGAGCGAGCGGACGGGACGGGAUCGGAGCCGGGCGCUGGAAUUCAUCCGGAGGAACGCUGCCAACGGGCUCUCGGUGGCCAACCUGGUGGCCGGGCUCUCCUCCAUCCUCUGCAGCCUCAACAGGCAGCACCACCACUCCUGCUGGCUCUUGCUUGUGGGGUUCCUCCUGGAUCUGGCUGACGGUGCUGUCGCCCGGCGGCUCAACGCCUGCUCGGCACUGGGUGCCAAGCUGGAUGAUUUUGCCGAUUUCACCACGUUUGGGCUGGCCACGGGGCUGCUGCUGCAGCCGCAGGGGGUGCUGAGCGGGGUGCUGGCCCUCGCCUAUGUGCUGGCCGUGUUCGCCCGCCUCUGCUUCUUAUCCAGCGGGAUCCCCUUCACCUACCGGGGGCUGCCCUGUCCCUACGCAUCCUCGCUGCUGGCGAGCACCUUCCUGCUGUCUGGGGGCAACGCUGCCCUGCUGUGGGUCACCACUGGCAUCAUGAUCCUCUUCAUGCUGGACCAGGGCUGCUACCCCCAUGACAAGGUGCUGGAGUCCCAGCUCUGGAAGAAAGUGGUUUAUGCUGGAGGGGUGGCUGCUGUCCUCUUCUCGCCAGCCACGGUGGCUUCCAUCUAUUGCCUCGCCUGGUCCAUGUCCUACAUCGUGUUCCCCUUUGCCAUCUGGAGCUGCAAAGUCCAACCCCUGCCUAACGCCUACUAAAGCCUUCCUCCACCUCCUCCUCCACUAGCAUCUCCCUUCAUUCCUCUACAUAUCCCACCCUGUUUAGAAAAGGGAAGAACCGGAGCUGUAGGAACAACUCUGCCCCAAGCACACCCCACGUGCCCCACUCCUCAUAUGGGGGACAAAGGAACCCCCAUCACCCACUCCAGAGACCCCCAAACCCCUUCCCUGUGCGGGGGAACAUCAAAUUUAGGAAUCACUCCCACCGUGUGCUGUUAAUGAAUCACAAGGGGGGGGGAUUUACACCUCCAAAUCCGAGGAGACUCUUCCCUGGAGGGGAGGAAGCCACUGGCUAAAUGCCCAGAGGGAUUUUGACACCCAAGUCACCAGCAGCACGUUGGGGUUUAUGGUUUUACCCAUCAAACGUGUUUGAUCCCCCCCUUCAGUGUGAGGUGGGAUUGGGACGGAGGGAAGCGAGGUUUAGAUCCACGGAUCCAAACCCUCUGGAAAGCUGGAGGAGGAGGAUGGAAGCAAAGCUCAACCCGGGAUCCCCGGGGAGGCUCCAACAGCUGGAUCCAGCCCCAUGUCCUGAUCCCAGCACCGGGAGCUCGAGCCGGUGCCUGCAGCUGUGCUGGCACUCGGCCCCGCUCCGGCGCUUCCCAUUCCCAUUCCCAUUCCCAGGGGCACCGGAGCCACACGGGACCAGCACAGGGUUUAUUUAGAAAAAAACCCCAAACCAAGGGGCUCUUUGCUAAUAAAUAACGUGGGGCCGGAGGGGGCCGGGGGCUCACUCGCCCGACGCCUGCAUCUGCCUGCAGAA